CUCAUUUAGUUUCGAAAUGAUAAAAUUUACAACAUACUUAUUAUUUGGCGAUUCACAGAUACUCAUUGGAAUUAUAGGAAACAGUGUAGCCUACUCAGCGUCCUCAUAGUUAACAGGUAAACAAUAUGAACUGCACCAGUGAAUGCUAGCAAUAAAAAAUGGACAUGUGUAUCAGUAUAUGACCAACUCAGUUUAGGAUUCAAAGGCACAAAUUUGUUUCAACUUUACCUUCUUCAUCUUCUUCUUGUUUUUUCAAGCUCACAUAACUUCUUAACUGAUAGCUCUGUUCUUUCUCAGAGAAAAAUGGGGGCUUUGCUGGAGGAUGAAGACACUUCAGUUGAUCAACCUCGGCAUGAAAAGGGAAGGAGCUCAGUCAGGCACACGAUAAAGCCUAUUGUAGCUGAAAGCAGGAACGGAGAAGAGGAUGAGUAUGAUUUUGAUGAUGCUCCCAGAAGGAAGAGUGAAGGCGCGCAGGAGGAGAAGAGAAGCACUCAUGGACAUAUCUUAACUCAGAAAGAUCGCUGUACUCAUGGACAUAUCUUAACUCAGAAAGAUCGCUGUUCGUAUUGUUUCGAGAACCCAUCGAGGCCAAAGCAUCUGGUUGUGUCUAUUGGGAACUUCACUUACUUGAUGCUUCCACAGUUUGAGCCCGUUGUUCCUGGGCACUGUGUUAUUCUUCCGUUGCAGCACGAGUCCGCAACAAGAGCAAUUGAUAGCAAUGCAUGGGAGGAGAUUCGCAACUUCAAAAAGUGCCUCCUGAAGAUGUUCACACAGCAGCGCAAGGACGUGAUUUUCAUGGAAACUGCCAUAAGCUCGGCCAAGCAACGGAGACACUGCAUGAUUGAAUGCAUCCCUGUGCCCCAUGAACUCUCAGACAAAGCGCCCAUGUACUUCAAAAAGGCAAUUGACGAAGCUGAAGAAGAAUGGUCCCAGCACGAGCCGAAGAAUCUUAUUCCAACAAGUGGUAACCUGCAGCAAGUCAUCCCAGAGAACUUUGCCUACUUCCAUGUAGAGUUUGGGCUAGACCGCGGGUUCGUCCAUGUGAUAGACGACGAGAGCAGAUUCAGUGCUGGUUUCGGUCUGAAAGUCAUCAGAGGGGUUCUCAGCUUGCCAGCGGAGGACAUGCACCGACGCCGAAGGCAUGCAUCAGCGGAUGACCAGAAGCGAGCUGCUGUGAGCUUCAUGAAGGGCUGGGAGCCCUUCGACUGGACAAAGCAGUUGUGAUUUGAUGUUUCUGAAUGCCUCUUAGUUCAAGCCAUAUACCUGGUACUGACAUUAAUGCUCAUCCUAGAAUGUCACCGUGGAUUGUUCGGUGACCAGACUAGAUGAAAGGAAGACAGGGAGAUUAGAUUUUUUUUUUCGUAGCAGUUUUGGGCAUCAUGUAUUCGGGGUCCUGGUAGCUUGAGCUUUGGUCUUAUACUGAAACUUGGACAUCGAAUUGGACUUCUCUUUGCUACUAGUAUAGUUCAGUGUUUCAUCUC